AUUGUCGGGAGGCACAAAAUGAGGGAAGUUGCUCAUUCCCACUCUUUCCCCGCAAACCUCUGCUUGUCUGGAGACGGGGCUGGUGAAGACCUGACGGCUGCAUUCACAAAGCGUACUGAGCCUGGAAUGGGCUGCAUGGAGUCCAAAGUAAGUGAUCUUCCAGGAAAGGAGAAGGCAAGACAUAACUCAAACUCUGUUCUGGACGUCCGUUAUACAGCCGAACCCACCAUCAAGAACAGCAGAGGAUCCUGCAUUCGGAAGCCCCAACGAACGGAUGAACCAGAUGAUUUCAUCGUCGUGGCCUUGUACGACUACGAAGCCAUUCACAGGGAGGACCUGAGUUUUCAGAAAGGCGAUCACCUCACGGUCCUAGAGCAGUCGGGAGAGUGGUGGCAAGCAAAAGCUCUGUCGACGGGGAAAGUGGGCUACGUUCCCAGCAAUUAUGUGGCCAAGGUCAACUCACUGGAGACGGAAGAGUGGUUUCUGAAAGGCAACAGCCGGAAGGACGCCGAGCGUCAGUUGCUGGCUCCGGGAAACUUUAUUGGGUCGUUCAUGAUCCGAGACAGUGAGACAACCAAAGGAUGUUACUCCCUCUCCGUAAGAGACUUUGAUUCCCACAACAAAGUGGAUGUGGUGAAACACUACAAGAUUCGGACCCUGGACGAUGGGGGCUUCUACAUCUCCCCACGGAACACCUUCAGGACUCUGCAGGAACUGGUCAGCCAUUAUAAAGGCCAAGCCGAUGGAUUGUGCCAAAAGCUGACCCACCCCUGUGCUUUGCCGAAGCCCGAGAAACCAUGGGAGAAGGACGCGUGGGAGAUCCCACGGACCUCCCUGAAACUGGAGAAGAAGCUGGGCGCCGGACAGUUUGGAGAAGUCUGGAUGGCCACCUAUAACGCGCGUACAAAAGUGGCUGUGAAAACCAUGAAGCCGGGGAGCAUGUCGGUGGAGGCGUUCCUGGAAGAGGCCAACAUCAUGAAGACACUGCAGCAUGACAAGCUGGUCAAACUGUAUGCCGUGGUGACCAAGGAAGAACCCAUUUACAUCAUCACUGAAUUCAUGGAGAAAGGUAGCUUGCUGGAUUUCCUAAAAAGUGAUGAAGGGCGCAAGCAGCCGUUCCCCAAGCUGAUUGACUUCUCUGCCCAGGUGGCCGAAGGCAUGGCGUUCAUUGAGCAGAGGAACUACAUCCAUCGUGACCUGAGAGCUGCCAACAUCUUGGUAUCAGCCAUCCUGGUGUGCAAGAUUGCGGAUUUUGGCUUGGCCAGAGUGAUAGAGGACAAUGAAUAUACCGCUCGGGAAGGUGCCAAGUUUCCCAUCAAGUGGACUGCUCCUGAAGCCAUCAACUACGGGUCCUUCACAAUAAAGUCUGAUGUCUGGUCCUUUGGGAUCCUGCUGAUGGAGAUCAUCACCUACGGGCGGACACCAUAUCCAGGGAGGUCGAAUUUGGAAGUGAUGCGUGCCCUUGAGCGUGGCUAUCGGAUGCCAUGCCCAGAAGGCUGCCCGCAGGAGCUCUACGAAAUCAUGAUGCGGUGCUGGAAGGAGAAGCCGGAGGAUCGCCCGACGUUCGAGUACAAUCAGAGCAUCUUGGAGGAUUUCUUCACUGGCACGGAAAGACAGUACCAGCAAGAGCCCUAGAAGUGAUGGGUGGCCAGACCGGAGCUGCCAGCGUUCUGCGUGGGGAGGCUUUGGUGUGGAGAAUCUGUGGCUUAGAGAAAAAAGACUUUUUCCCCUCUGCUUCUGAGGUGCAGCUGGAGUAGGGACUGAACCAAGCAGACACUUUGCUCUUAGCUGAAAACUAAUCAGACUGCAGUCAGCAGAAACCACCUCGAAGAGUGAAGACUUUUGAUGCUGUUGGGAAGCCCCACCAUGACGGUGGAAGUGCCUGAAGGGGUGUGUAAGAGGAAGUGCGUGCACAUACAAGAGUAUUUGUGUGUACAUAUGUGAGGGAGGGAGAGAGAGAAAAAAAGAAAUAUAUCCUUUGGAUGGUUAAGUUGGGAUAUGAAUAUAUAUUUUGAUUCAUUAGUGGCCUUAUAAAAGCUGUCAACUGAUUCUUAAGGUUAGGAGUGGUUCCUCAUUUAAGAAUACUAAAUGUGAAAUUGUUCCUUGAAAUAUGCCUAAUUGUAACAAAGAUUUGAUUAAUUACAAGACCCAAAUUAGGGACAAUUAUGAGACAAUGGCAUUCUAAAUCAUUGUAAGCUAUAAAUAAUAAUGAUUCUAAUAGAAUAUAAAGAUAACUGUAUGACAGCAAUGUUCAAAAAAUCAAAAA